CGAAGUGAAUUGGCAGAGGCGAUAGCCGUUAUUUGUUAUUCUAAUUUUUUUAUUGUUAUUUAUGAUUUAUUAGUUUGUUGAUACUAUCAAUAUUUGAUGAUUCAAUUUGUAUAAUGGAUAAAGUAUCGAUUGAAUUUUAUAAAAAUGUAUCCUUGCUCACAAAAUUUGUUGCACCUCACGAUGAUUUUAAAAAACAUUUCAAAGAGGGGAUGUUUGAUAAACCAAAUACUUCAGGAUUUAUACAUGUGUCUUACUAUUUAUUGAAUGUUUAUUACAAGGACAAGUCCAAAGUGCAAUGGCCUGUAAUUUGUAAACAGACUGAAAAUAAGUUUCGUAAUGACGUUAGGGAAAGCUUAAUGACAAUUUCAAGCGAAAAUGAAGAUAUUAAUUUUCCUCCAAUUUUCGCCUCUCAUUUAUUGUUGGCUAGAGGCACCAAGUUUUUGUUAAUUAUGUGGAAAUUUUCUUUAGUUGUGCUUCGCACAUAUUUGAAAAACAAAUACCAUUGUACCCUCAUGAAUAAUCCAAAAUCAGGUCCAUGUUUAGACUUGACAAAAGAUUUUUUGAUAAGUAUUAUAAAAGAUAAUUAUAAAGUAGUUUUUGAUAUUCGUGAAAAGAAAGAAAAUCUACAAAAAGAAGCUAUAUAUUUUCUUAAGGAACAAAGUGAAAUACAAAAUCUUUUGAAAACUAAGAUUCUAAACAUAAGAGAGGGAUUGAAACAAGUUAUUAAUGAUGCACCAGUUAAUGCAACUGGUAAGGAGAGUCUAUCAAAUGUAGAAGUUGAUAAAAUUAUUAAUAUGUGGAUAAUAUUUAUCAAUAAUACUUUGAAACCAUUGGAAAUAGAAGUAAAAUCACUGAUAGAUGAUUAUAAAUUAUUAAAAUCAAUAAUAAGCAUAGUUUCGGUUAUCAAAGGUGAUGUGACAGUAUUAAAUGCUAAAAAUCUUGAUCCAAUCAAUGUAGAUCCAAUGUAUCAACUUGUACCACCCGAGAUGCAGGUUCUUCCCUAUAGCUUGUACAAUAGAGAAGCUUUGAAUCUCAAAAACUUUUUCACACUUUAUGCUUUUUUAUUACAAAAGUUUAAAGCUAGUCAUGAAAAAAAUAACAUUGAUAAGUUUUCUAUGUGUAAAAUUCAAUUGGAAACAAGUAAUAAGGAUUUAAAAACUGCAAUUAAUCAAUUUCAUAGUGUAUUAGAAGAAAUUAAUAAUUGUCAUUUGAGCAAUGUCAAAAAAGUCGAUGCAUUUAAUGACACUUAUAAAAUUAUUUCAAAUGUUCUUGAAUUUGACAAAGUGCUAUUCAUGUCUUCUCCAUCUAUACAUAUAAGCAGUGCUGAAGGAGGAUCAAAUUUCAAUCAUCAUGAUUUGCAACUUACUCCUGUUGAAGGUGUACACAAAGAAUUAUUUUCAAGACACAUUUCCAGUCAUGAGAGUGCGUUGACUGCAAAAAAACCAAUUCAUGUGCAACGAAUCAAUUUUGAUGAUUCCACUACCUUUGAGUUACCCAAGUUGGAUCAUAGUACAACUAUUGACAAACAAUCUUUGUUUAGAAACAGAUCAUCAUUAAAAAAUGCAGACAAGUAUUCCAAAAUAUUUUCAAGCAGAAGUCGAAAACAUGACAACAAAGCCGAUAAAAGUAUAAUGAAUAUGAUGCUGCCACUUCUGGCUAGGCAACAAAAUAUUUCUCUAGCAGAUUCUUGUAAUUCAAGUCAAGAAAUUUCACAAAAUUCUUUUUUAAUGAAUCCCAACUUGAGUUCUGUGCAUGAGUCGUCGUUAAAAGCAGAAGAAAAGGAAACUCAAAAUAGUCAGAAGCGGCGCUCGAUCAGCGAUUUAGUCGAGAGAUACAAAAGAAUUUUGCAAGAACGUGAAAGUAAAUGAUAAAAUUUUAAUUAAAUAAAGUU